UCUCUCCCCCUCCCCCUCCCACUCCCCAUCCUUCUCUCCCCUUUCCUAGGGUUCCGAUCUCCGCCUCUCGAUCUCUAGAUGAAGGCCUUCUCGCACCAGAGGAACGCAAGGGUUCCACCCUCCGAAACCCUCACUCCUCAUAAGCACCGGGCGCCGCGAAUCCCCAAGGAGAACGUCGACCCCGGUCCUAUCCCGCCGGAAUCGUCCCCCUUCAGGUCCCCUUCCGUCGCCGGAAAGCCCCUCGUCGCGAAGAACCGGAGCCCGCUCCCCCCGCGGCCGCCGCUGUCCUCGAACCACGGCGGCAACCCCCUCAAGCGGAAGCUAAGCUUGGAAACCCUACCCGAGAAUGGGGUUCCGGCCUCCAUGGCCUCGGAUUCUGGUGUUCAGGUGAUAGUGCGAAUGCGGCCUCUGAACAAGGAAGAAGAAGGGAAUCUAAUUGCACAGAAGAUUUCCUCAAACUCUAUUUCUAUCCUUGAUCAUGCCUUCACCUUUGAUUCGGUUGCUGACUCCAGAUCCACACAGGAAGAUAUUUUCCAUCUUGUGGGACUUCCAUUGGUUGAGAACUGCUUUGCUGGGUUCAACAGUUCCAUAUUUGCAUAUGGACAGACUGGCAGUGGCAAAACAUACACGAUGUGGGGGCCUCCGAGUGCUUUGUCAGAAGAUGCUUCAGCAAGCAAUGAGCGAGGAUUGACUCCCCGAGUCUUUGAGCGGCUCUUUUCCCGGAUAGAUGAAGAGCAAGCCAAGCACUCUGACAAGCAGCUGAAUUAUCAAUGCCGCUGUUCUUUUUUGGAGAUUUACAAUGAGCAAAUCACCGACCUGUUGGAGCCUACUCAGAGGAAUCUUCAGAUUAGAGAAGAUGUAAGAACCGGUGUAUAUGUCGACUGCUUGACAGAGGAGUAUGUGUGUACCAUGAAUGAUGUAAUCCAACUACUGACAAAGGGACUGACAAACAGGAGGAUUGGUGCUACUAGUAUAAAUGCAGAAAGUUCUCGUUCACAUUGUGUGUUUACUUGUAUUGUGGAAUCUCGAUCCAAGAAUGUGGCUGAUGGGCUAAGCAGCUUAAGGACCAGCAGAAUCAACCUUGUUGAUUUGGCAGGAUCAGAAAGACAGAAACAAACUGGUGCGGCAGGAGAACGUUUAAAAGAAGCAGGAAAUAUUAAUCGUUCCCUUUCACAGCUUGGUUGCAGGAACUUGAUUAAAAUUCUUGCAGAAGUUUCACAGUCUGGAAAACAGAGACAUAUUCCGUAUCGUGAUUCCAGGCUGACAUUUUUACUGCAGGAAUCUCUUGGUGGUAAUGCUAAACUAGCAAUAUUAUGUGCCAUUUCCCCAUCACAGAGCUGUAAGAAUGAAACAUUAAGUACCUUGAGAUUUGCACAGCGUGCAAAAGCCAUAAAAAACAAGGCAGUAGUAAAUGAAAUAACACAGGAUGAUGUUAAUGUCUUGCGUGAACAGAUACGCCAACUGAAGGAUGAACUUCUACGAAUGAAGACCCAUGGAACCCAAUCAGAGAACAAUGGAAGUUAUUCAACAGGAUGGAAUGCAUUGCGGAGCUUGAAUCUUUUGAGAAAGAGCCUUAACUGUCCUACAGCAGCAUUACCCGUUAUCAAAGAUGACAGUGAUGAAGAGAUGGAAAUUGAUGAGAAUGAUGUCGAGAAGCCCCAUUUCGAAGCAGGCGUACAGCCAUCUUCUGAAGACAAAGUACCUGCAGCAUUAGAGAUUUCAAAGGAGGAGGUAAGGUCCUGUAAGUCUGAUAAUAAAAUGGUUCUUGGAGAUGAACAGUCAGGUUAUAUAUCUGGGUCUGGCAGUGGCACUGAUCAAGUCGAUGCAGUGGAAGGUUGUGAAUUAGAGGACAAACAAAAGGCACAUAUUUCGGUUUCAGAUCCACCACAAAUUUCUUCCAGUUCUCCAAAAUCCAUCAUAUCACCAUCCAGCCUUAGUAUUGUGCCAUGCCAGACAUCCCCCCUUCUUCAGUCACCUACAUUAAGCACCUCACCGAUGGUCGAAAAUUGCAGCAGGAAGAGUCUUAGGACAUCAUCGUCGAAGUCAGCAUCUCAGAAAAAUAUGCUAGAAAAUGUGGAAACUCGUUCAGGGGAUCUAAAGUUAUCCUUUGCAGACACUUCAAAUCACAAUUCCGUGAAUGCUUCUAUCAUGCAAACCUGUAAGAAACUCCUGGCACCAACUGAACAUUUGGCAGCCAGUCUUCAUCAUGGUCUUCAAAUUAUUGGUAACCACCAGCGUAGUUCGGCUAUAAGGAGGUCAUCGUUCAUGUUUCCUAUUAGACCUGUUGAUGUCAAACCAAUGAGGCCAGCAAGCAAGGUUGAUGCUGGUGUACAAACACUUGUUCAAGAAUCAGAAAUAUCAGAAAUUUUAUCUACAUUUAUCUGUAAUCAUUGUAAAGAUAGAGCUUCUACGGAUGAAUAUAGCAAUGGAACAGAUUUGCAAUUAGUACCUAUUGACAGAUCAAUGUCUUCAGACAAACAAAAGAUACAAGUUCCCAAAGCAGUGGAGAAGGUAUUGGCUGGUGCCAUCAGGCGAGAAAUGGCAGUUGAAGAUCAGUGUGCAAAGCAAGCUGCUGAAAUUGCACAGCUAAAUCGUUUGGUCCAACAAUAUAAGCAUGAACGUGAAUGCAGUGCCAUAAUUGCACAGACACGUGAAGAUAAAAUUUCUCGCCUUGAGAGUCUUAUGGAUGGUAUUUUGCCAACAGAAGAUUUCAUGGAGGAAGAGUUUGUUUCACUUAUGAAUGAGCACAAGCUUCUUAAAGAGAAAUAUGAGAAUCAUCCUGAAGUUUUGCGGGAAAAUAUUGAGCUUAAUAGAGUUCAGGAGGAGUUAGAUCGGUGCAGAAACUUCUGUGAUAUGGGUGAGAGGGAUGUGUUGAUGGAAGAGAUUCAAGAUCUAAGGGGCCAACUGCAAUAUUACAUGAGUUCUUUGAUGUCAACUCAGAAACCAAAUCCACUGCUUCAGUUGGCUCAUUCAGUUGAACCCAAUUCAACACCUCUUAGCCCAAUAUCAGAGUUGGCUGAAGAAAGUGCUGAUGAGAAACUUAAACAGCAGAGGUGUCACUGUGAUGAAGCUGAAAGUAAGUGGAUUUCUAUUUCUGAAGAGCUUAGACGCGAACUUGAAGCAAGUCGCUCUCUCGCUGAAAAGUGGAAGUGGGAACUUGAUUCUGAGAAGAAAUGCUCAGAAGAGCUGAAAGAGGCAUUGCAUACAGCAAUGCAAGGUCAUGCCCAUAUUCUGGAACAGUAUGCAGAACUUCAGGAGAAGCAUAUUGCUUUACUUGGGAGGCACCGGAAGAUCAGUGAUGGGAUUGAAGAUGUAAAGAGAGCAGCAGCAAAUGCUGGGGUUAAGGGAAUUGAGUCCAAAUUCAUUGAUGCCCUUGCAGCUGAAAUUUCGGUUGUAAGAGCAGAGAGAGAAAAAGAGAGGCGCUAUUGGAGGGAUGAAAAUAAAUGCCUUCAGGCUCAACUUAGGGAUACUGCUGAAGCUGUGCAGGCUGCUGGAGAAGUGCUAGUGCGGCUAAAGGAAGCAGAGGAAACUGCUGCACUUGCUCAGAAGCGUACGUUGUUGGCAGAACAAGAGACUGAGAAAGCCUAUCAAGAGAUAGAUAAUUUGAAGAAGACUUAUGAAAAAGAGAUUUUAUUAUUAAAUCAGUUUCUUGCGGAGUCACGUCUCCCAAAAGAAGCUCCAAGAACUGCAGAAUUUGAUGAUCCUGCUGCAGCCAAAUAUGAUGGUGGGAGGACUCUCACUGAUCAACCAUGGGUACAGGAGUUCGAACCUUUUUGCCAUGAGGGGGAAAAUGAAUUUUCUAAGGGCACAGAUCCCAAUUCAUGGUUUUCUGGUUAUGAUCGGUGCAACAUCUGAAGCAAUAAAGAACUGGAUGUCAGCCAUCUGUUUGUAUCACAAAAAAAAUGUUGUACACUCAAUUAUUGAUAAUAUCUGCUGUCAAUUGGUUAUAUCUACAAUUUCUGGCUCUCACCGGUUGUGAGGACCUGUUGUUAUUUCCAUCAGGUUAUCUCGUGUCACAUUCAUGUUUUGUAUGAUCAGAACAGAUCUAUAAGAGCCGGUUCUUUGUAUUGUUGUAUGAAUUUUGAAUAUAAUUUUCUAAAUUGAUUAUCCAUUAUUCAUUAA